AUAAACGAAAUUUUAUUGCUUUCUGAUUGGACGCAUGAAUUUGAAUUUUCAGUUGUCAUUUGUGGAUGAUUUGGAAGAGAAUCGUAAGUUGAGUUGAGCGAUUAGUAUCAUUUUUAGUACGUUUUUUAAGUUUAUAAUCAUGCCAAACAGUAAACAGACUGAGUUAAAUAAGCAAAAUAAAGAAAAGGACGCGAAAACUACGUCUUUAGACGACGAGAAUGUUGAUGAUGAAACUAACCAUCUGAGUUCGGCGGAAGGCUCUGAUAAAGGUAGUGAUCACGAAGAUGAGAAAACAAAAGAAUUGAAAGAGGAGGAAUCUAUUGAAGAAGAUUCAUCGGAAAAUAAGGCAGAAAGAAAAGGUAAUUCGAAGAAGGGUGCAAAAGAUAAAAAAACAGUAGGGAUUGAUUCAGAAUCUUCAAUUUUGGUAGAAGCGUCUUCACUUCCCAAUGGUUGGAGUAGAAAAGUUGUCCAGAGAAGAACUGGAAAAACUGCUGGAAGAUAUGAUGUAUAUAUCUUUAAUCCAAACGGGAAAAGAUUCCGUUCUAGAACAGAAUUGAGUACUUACCUGAAACGUUCGAAAUCGAAUUUAAAAGCAGAAGAAUUCGAUUUUAAUCCCCAAAAGAAAAGCGACAAUGAUAAUCGGACGCCGUCAAAGCGUGCAAUGAAAAGUACGAAACGUCCCCAGAAACGUAAAGCUCUGACCUCACCCGUGUCGUCAUCUAAAAGGAAGAAAAGUAAUACGAAUGAAGCGAAAUCAGCCGCGGAAAAAAAGAAAUUGUUAGUAAAAUUACCAUUAGUAUCGCCUAAAAAGAUCUACGCCGAUUAUGCUCGACAAACUAAAUCCAAAUCUAAAGUUCGUAAUCAGUCAAAGAACUCUAGAUCACCUGCGAAAGGUAGUGCUGUUAAUGCUCGUAAGAAGAGUGGGAAAAUAAAGAAAUAACUUUAAAAAAAUAAUAAUCAUCAUCAUUUGCGUUUCUAAUUUUUCUCGUUUUUAUUUUGUAUUCUUAAAUCUUAAAAGGUUUGUUACAGUUGACCACUUGGAUUUGUCGAAAUAUUUUGUUGUGUGCAUUAAAAAAAAAAAGUUCCACUUGUCGGAACGUAGGUGUGUGAAAUAAAUAUGUAAUGAGUUUAUUUGCUGAAUAAAUUAUAUGUAUUAUUGGGUUA